UGCCCUCCUCUCCCCGCCGGGCUCCCGCGCGCCCUCCCACCCGCAGGGCCGCCGCCAGAACUCCUGCUCGCAGAGGAGCAUUAGCCCAAUUGCGAAGAGAUUCGCGUUUGCACCUCCUCUUCCCCUCCUCCCCCCUCCCUCUCGCCCAGAAAGGAGGACGGACCUAGUUCCAGGCUGAGGGCUGGUUUAUUCUGCGGCCGAGGAUAUUAAUAUACAGACCGUCUCACACUCGCCAGAUUUCACAACCAGGCACAGGCACAGGCGGGUUGUUUUCCAAAUUACCGCUUUUAAUUGCACCUGCCUUUCAGAUUACCUCUGGGAAUCUGUGGGAGGAGCCGAGACGGUGGAAAAUGUUGCUUCGCUUUGCAAAAGGAAGAAAACUUUGUCACCCAGCAGGAGACCUCUGCCACGCGUAACUCGGCGAAAGACCAGAACCAGGACAGCCUUUGGCUUUGAUUUUGCACCCGAUGAGCCCGUAGGAGGAAGACGACACGUUAACUCAGCGCUCCCGCCGACUGCCACCGCUGGCGUGUGGCGGCGGCCUGAGGUACCUGCUCCACCUUCCCUCCCCGCGGAAGCCCCCACGCGGUGUCUUCAGGGUGGAAGGACAGUAACACGGAGCGCGCGGGUCGAGGACGACGGCGGGGGCCAGGCUGGGAAAGAGAGGACCGAAUUCCAGGAACAAGUCACCCGGAAUUAACUUCUGGUUAAAGUUAUGGGAAGCGCGGCCAUGGACACCAAGAAAAAGAAAGAUGUUUCCAGCCCCGGCGGGAGCAGCGGCAAGAAAAAUACCAGCCAGAAGAGGCGUUCGCUGCGAGUGCACAUUCCGGACCUGAGUGCCUUUGCCAUGCCGCUCCUGGAUGGAGACCUGGAGAGUUCAGAAAAGCAUUCUUCUCGCAAGGUGGACAGCCCCUUUGGCUCGGGCAGCCCCUCCAAAGGGUUCUUCUCCAGGGGCCCCCAGCACCGGCCCUCCAGCCCCGUGUCUGCACCCGUGAGGCCCAAGACGAGCCCCGGCUCCCCCAAAACCGUGUUCCCAUUCUCCUACCAGGAGUCUCCGCCGCGCUCCCCACGCCGCAUGAGCUUCAGCGGGAUCUUCCGCUCCUCGUCCAAAGAGUCUUCCCCCAACUCGAACCCGUCUACCUCGCCCGGGGGCAUCAGGUUCUUCUCCCGCUCCAGAAAAAGCCUGUCUUCCUCUCCGUCGACACCCACCCAAGUGGCCAAGCAGCACACGUUUCCCCUCGAGUCCUACAAGCAUGAGCCUGAGAGACUGGAAAAUCGCAUCUAUGCCUCCUCUUCCCCUCCGGACACAGGCCAGAGGUUCUGCCCGUCCUCCUUCCAGAGUUCAGCCAGGCCUCCGCCAGCCUCGCCCACACACCUCGCUCCCUCCAGAUCCGUAAGUCCGGGCCUUCCCCUGGGGGCCGGCCGCCGGGCGUUGGGGGGACAGCAGUCUGCUUGAAUUCAGCUGAUGCUA